AUGGCCCCCGAGGGAGAACAGCUCCAGAAUUUCCCUGGGUUGCCCCCACCCCUUCAAUCUGCAACACAGACAGGCAUCAACACGGAGCAGAUCUGCACCCCCAUCCUUUCCCCUGCAUCGCCCCUAAAGAAUGAAAAACUCCCCUCUACAGUUUCCUCCUCCAGCCCCCCCCCCCUUUUCUGGCGCACCCAUAGACCAGCUGCAUUCCUAGAACGGCCGCUACGCCGGCCUGGAGGGCGCGGCGGAAGCGGCCGUACAAGGCGAAGAGCGUCUCUGUGGACGGCGCUGUCGCGUCACUUCCGGGUCCGAGCCGGAAGCGGGUCUGGCGGAGGGCGGCCGGCCGGCUGGAAGCCCCGGCGAGGGCCCGCCAUGAAGCUGAGCACGCAGGCCUACUGCAAGAUGCUGCUCCACGGCGCCAAGUACCCGCACUGCGCCGUCAACGGGCUCCUGGUGGCCGAGAAGCAGCCCCGCGGCAGCCGCGAGCCGCCCGCCCUCUUCGUCGACUGCGUCCCGCUCUUCCACGGCACCCUCGCCCUGUCGCCCAUGCUGGAGGUGGCGCUCACGCUGAUUGAUUCAUGGUGCAAAGAGAACAGCUAUAUAAUAGCCGGAUACUAUCAAGCCAAUGAACGAUUGAAGGACACCAGUCCAAAUCAGGUGGCUGAAAAGGUGGCGUCCAGAAUUGCAGAGCAUUUCAGUGACACUGCGCUGAUCAUGGUGGAUAAUACGAAAUUUACAAUGGCGUGCAUAGAGCCUGCAGUUCACGUGUAUGAGCAUCAUGAAAACAAAUGGAGGUGUAAAGAUCCUCACUUUGACUACUGUGAAGACUGGUCGGAAGCCCAGCGGAUCUCUGCCUCGCUUUUGGACAGCAAGUCCUACGAAAUGCUAGUGGAUUUUGACAAUCACUUGGACGACAUCCGAAACGAUUGGACAAACCCGGAGAUUAACAAAGCCGUCCUCCAUCUCUGUUAGGUUUACCACCGACUUGGCUUCGCUGGUAUUUCCACUCUGUCGAAGAAAGGAAAAGGGGUGGGGUGUUUUUGAAUGUUAAUUACAGUACUAACAGUUCCUUCGUGUGGAAAUCCAGCAAGCUAGACACGUAACUUGGGAAAGGAUGCGUCUCUGUGCAGUCAGACUUUUGUAAUGAGCAUCUUUGGGAUGUCAGCCGUAGAUUACAACCUCUGCCGUGGACUCCUCCCCAUCUUAUCAUAAUGUGUCGCUGUAAUUCUCAAACCAGGAACUAGAUCUGCUUGUCCAAACUAUUCAUAUUUAACAAAAAAAGAGUUUUGACUAAUCUUUUAUAAUCAUCAGAAAGUCACUUUUAAAAAGAUUUAUGAAAUAUCUUACAAAGAGUAAUCUUCAGUUUAUUUUUAAAAAAAUUGACUCUGAAACUAUAAGUUAGGGGUGUGCGACCGGGUCAAGAGCUGCUGUCCUUUUAAGAGCUAACUUCUGCUGGGUUCUGCUCCACUGUACUUGGCUGCUCUGAUAACUCUGUAGCAGGAAGCCAAUUGCUUGCAAAGCAAUACGUUUCCCUCCCUCCGUGGUGCCAAGUUUCCAAGUCACUCCAGGAACCCACAGUUGCUGCAUGUCCAACUCAACAAGUUAUUAGCACAAGCAUUCUCUUGAGUGAUUUGUCCCUUGAAAGGACUCGAAGAUGUUCCAGAGAGGAAUCAGUACAGGAUGGAUUUGAGUGGCAGGUCUGCUUCUUUUUUAACUCCUGAACUGGAAAUGGGGAGAACCUUGUUAAUUUCUUUCGUCCUUAACAACUAGUGUCAUUGUUCUCCCCCAGGGUCAGAGGGGUUAUGACUGGGGUUGUCGGAUCCUGAAAUGCCUAGCUUUGCUUUGCUAGGAAUUUUCCAAGGGUUCUUAAAUAAAGCUGAAUGUAACAGGGGGAACGCAAGUUGCACCUACACACCCAAGCACAGCUGUGAGUCUUACCAGGUCAAUAACUCCCUCGUCUCUUGCAAGCAGUCUUUCUAAAAUGGGCUUUUAACAGUUAGUCCUGACCCAGUCUUGUCCAGUCAGAGUAGGCUUGUAAUACAUAGUGGUCAUUUUUGCGCAAGAGAUACCCAAGAAGUUUAGUGCUGCUCCCCCCCGCGUUGCUUUAAUUUUCAUUUUUUUUCAAACACGCUUACCUCUUUCUGGAGAAGGUGUAUGGCGCCAUCCUUUCUUUGACCUGUAUUUGUUUUGUUUCCGUCCUCUGUAACCUUUAUUUAUAACAUUCUCUGUUAAGGCAGCAGCGGUUUUAUGUUGAACGGAAAAUGUUUCGCUUGGCCACUGGUUCUCUCUUGCUUUUCCUGUCUGCCCCUCAUCACCUUUAAAUAAAACUCAUCAAUUGUCUUACUUUGAAA